GAAUGGAAAUCCAAGGAAUAAUCGCCACCUCGAGUCAACUGAAGUGGGCUCAUGAUGGGUCAGGAGUGUACUCACAACAAAUGGUCGAUAAAACUGAUGAGAUCGACGAGUUUAAAACAAAUGGAGGAAUUUGGUCGCUGGCACGCUCUUCAGUUGGACUAAAACUUUUAGUGAUUAGUGGAAAUUACUUUAAUCAAGUACUGAGUGAAGUAUCGCGAGAGUUGGUCUGGCUUCGCGGGUUCGAAAUUGGGCAGCGAAAUCUUCCAUCAGGGAUUUCAUUGAAAAAGUUGAGGGUUUUAGAACUCUAUGAAAGGUAUGGAGGGGAACAUCACUUAGAAGAGCUGUGGGGGGAGACUGACACCGAGGCCCCUGUGCAGUUAAGGCAGUUGCUUAUUUCUCAUUGCCACAAAUUUCAAGGUUUCCCAAAAUCAAUAGGACAACUCAAUAAUUUGAAAAAGAUAGUAAUCUUUUCGGGCAACAAAGUUACGAGUCUGCCAGACGAAUUUUGCCUUCUUCGAUCGCUGGAACACCUGGUGUUAUAUUGGUGUAAAAUGGAGCACCUACCGAGCAAUUUCGGCGAUUUGAGGAAGCUGCAGCAUCUAAGUUUGUGGGGUUGCCACGAGUUGAGGAGGUUGCCGAUUUCUUUUAAAAACCUGAUGAUCCUGGAGCAUCUCAAUUUAAAGGAGUGCUCAAAACUCACAUUCACGUCAGAGGACUUAAACUGCCUGGAAAACAUAACAAAGCUCAAUUAUUUAAACCUUAUUUGGUGCGAGCAAUUGGAAGAGUUGCCUCGUCACAUCACAAAUCAGGUGUUCUUGAGAGCGCUAUAUUUCGAGUACACUAGUCUAAGGGAGCUACCAGAUAGCAUCGGUCAACUCAGCAGGCUGAGACAAUUGAGUAUAGAAGGUGUGUUGUUGACAAGCAUGCCGAGCUCUCUUGGAGAUUUGUCUUCCUUGAAGAAACUUAAAAUCAGAAUGUGUGAUGAGCUGGAAUAUAUACCUGACUCUCUUGGAGGUUUAACUUCCUUGACAAGACUUCAUAUUGAAGGUUGUGGUAAGCUGGAAUAUCUACCUGACUGUCUUGGAAAUCUAUCUUCCUUGACACAACUUAAAAUUUUUCAUUGUCGUAAGCUGAAACGUCAAGGAGUGAAAUCUCUACCAAAAUCAAUUAGGCAGCUGAAUAAUCUUCAAGAGCUGCUUAUAUCUGGGUGUCCAAUAAGCGAAUUAGAUUUUGGGGCGGCAUCAUUAACUUUUGGAUUGAGCAACCUGAAGAAGAUACGUCUAAUUGAGACAGAAGUGUGCAGAAUUUCAUUUUCUGAAGCCUGUUGUCCCCACUUGGAGACUCUCCAUGUUAUCGACAAUCAUCAUUUAGAGGAUAUCGAAGCGGUGCCAAGGACUCUCCAGUCAAUACGUUUGAAAAACUCUGAAAUGCUGAAGGACAUUCCAAGUUUUGCAGGAUUUACUUCUCUCAGAGAAUUUCAUCUAAGUGGUUGCAACAGAAUUGAAAAAAUUGAAGGUCUGGAGAAUCGCACAAGCUCGCAAGAAUUGACUGCUGAGACCUGCUUGGAGGGGCCGGAUAUACAAAGCUUGGAACACAUGCAGAAUUUGAAGUGGCUGCAACUCAGAGCAAAUGAGGGAUCAGUUAUUAAACAUUGCAUUCAAACGAUACAGAAAUGGCCAGAUGAAAAAACAAUAAUAUGUGCGCGGGCAGUCCCUGAUGCGGCCUCACUUGUACACUCCUUACUUCCUCCGGAUCUCAUGAUCCUUCACUCUAUCUCCAACCGGAAUAUGAAGACUGCGCUACACUUGGAGCUGGAGAGUCCUUCCAAUGGAGAUGCCUUUAUGUUCUUGUUUUUAAUAAAUUGUGUUUCUUCACAAAUGAAACCACAGGUUCUACUUAAUCACUUAUACAGUUAUUCAGUAAAGGUUGAAAAGGGUAGAUGGGCAUGGGUGGGUGUCUUCACACAACGUUCCAUACCCAAAACUGCAGAGUUUCUCUUACUAAAACAAUACCACUAUGAAGGGCGCGGAGAAAUCGAGGUUGGUUUAGUUGUGAGAGGGGAAGAGCAAACAACAGUGCAGGCAUUUCGCAACAUAUUGCGGCUUUUGCAAAGUUAAUAAUAAUGUUAUUGCAAGCCAGUAAUUUCCGAGCAACUUUUCAGUUGUUUAUGUAUAAAAUAAUUAUUUUUUAUAUGUAAA